UCUGAAAAGUGAAAAUUGGAAAUUGAAACAACAAAGAACUCUAAACCCUGCAGCCCCAACGCCUCCGGAACCCACCCACGCCCCCUUUCUCUCUCAGUGCGAAAAAUCUAACCCUAACGAACCCAGCCACCAUCCCAUCGCCGAACUCUUCUCCUACGGUAGAGGUUGCUGUCGCCGCCGGCGGGGACAGACCGUGGGUUGAAUCUGCUCGUUUCUCCUUGCUCCUCUUCUCCUCGACGUCGCACGAAGGCAUGCUUGGAGCUGUUGGCGUCGCCGCCGCGAAGGGGUGCUCCGUCGUCGCCUCUGCUUGCCUCGCCGUUCUCCACCGCGAGUGACGUCUGCUUGCUAUUUCGGUUCUGCUUGCUUCUUGGAGGGACGUCGUUGUUCUGCUCGCCUCUUUGCUACGGUUCUGCUUGCUUCACUCUGUUCUUUACCAGUUUUUUCCCUUUUUUUUAUGAUUUUAUUUAUUUUAUUUCUAAAAUUAUAGGUUAAACUAAAAUAAUUUUGUAAUCUGAUUUUGUGAUAUUGUUCAUUUGAUUGCUGAUAAAAUAAAAAUUAAUAAUCAGAUUUGUGAUGUUUAUUGUUGGUUGUUAAUAUAAUAGUAAAUUAGUAACAGUAAUAAUGGAGUUGAAGCGAAACAAGAUGGGUUUAAGAUGUUUAACAAUAUGAAAGUGUUGAAUUUUUCUGAGGGAUUUUUCCGAGAGAUUUGAUACUAAUUGAAUUUUUUAUUAUAUUCUGAGUUGCUAUUUUCUGCCAAUGUUAUUACUAAUGAGUUAAUAAUAUUGAACUACUGAUUUUGUUAAUUUUUUAUUAUUCUGAGUUGCUAUUUUCUGCCAUAAUGUUGUUGCUGGUUUUCUGAUUUUCUGAUUGUGAGUUGAUUUUAUUGUUGGAACAAUUUUUGUUGACUCUAUAUUAAAGAUCUUGAAGCACUUAAUGAUGAUUAUGAUUUUUUAUGAUUAGUGUCUUUCUUUAAUUGAAAACUUGUUUGUCAAUGUUGUUUCUUUUGGUAGUAGAACAUUGUGAAAACUCAAGUACAGUCAACUUCAUGUGAAGUUGAUAGCUGAGAGCGGUUAAAUGAUUUGACUAAAUUUUUAUCUAUCGACUCCUAGUUAUCAACUUUACGUGACGUUAACUGCACCUGAGUUUCCACCUAAAUGAUGGACAGUUUAUUAUGUGAAAUUGUGAAAUCUUGAAUUUUAUUAGAUUAAAAAUUAUUGAAUUUAAAUAUUUAAUUAAACCGGUUGAACUUCGGUUGAACCCUGGUCAAACCAUUCAACCAGUGUACCAGUCGCCCCGGUCCGGUUCUCACAACCUUGCUAGAGACAUUGCCGAAUGGCUUUUUCCGUUUCAGUGUGCUUCUCCCCUAAUGCACUAGCUCGCCCAAACACACACAACAACAGACCCACCCGCACCACCACCAAGAAGCCCCACCAAUCCAACCCUAAAUUCAACAACAACAAAACCGCCACCACUUACUCCACCCCUCCCGAACCGGUUCUACUCACUGGUGGCGAAGCCACCACCUAUGCUCGCCUUCCCCCCAAGGACGACUACUCCGACCCCUCCUCCUGCACCUCCCAUGAACUCAAGCUCGCUGAAUCAACCCCUGUAAACUUCAACAAGCAACAUCAAGAAGAAGAAGAAGAUUUCAGUGACAAUUUUGAAGGAAAUUACGAAACACUAGCGGUUUUCGAGGGAAAGGGCACUGCUGAAUUGGAAGGCGGGGAUGAAGUCGAAGACAAUGACUUAUUUGAUGAAGACGAUGAGUUAUUUGAUGAAGACGAUGAGUUUUUGAGCUUCGAAGAAGAGCCAGUGAAGGAGAAAGGAGUGCCUGCGGUGAUGCGGUGCUUCGAUCGGGCCAAGAUCUAUGUGAAGGCGGGCGAUGGAGGGAACGGCGUAGUGGCGUUCCGCCGUGAGAAGUACGUACCUCUUGGCGGUCCCUCUGGCGGCGAUGGAGGGAGAGGAGGGAACGUGUACAUGGAAGUGGACGGAUCGAUGAACUCGCUGCUGCCGUUCAGGAAGAGCGUGCACUUCAGGGCAGGGAGAGGAGCACAUGGGCAGGGGAGGAUGAUGAGCGGUGCGAAGGGAGAGGACGCGGUGGUGAAGGUGGCGCCGGGAACAGUGGUAAGGGAGGCAGGGAAGGAGGAGGUGCUGCUUGAGAUGGUGAGACCUGGGCAGAGGGCUCUGCUGCUACCCGGUGGAAGAGGUGGCAGAGGGAAUGCUUCAUUCAAGUCUGGGAAUAAUAAGGUUCCCAAGAUUGCUGAAAAUGGCGAAGAGGGCCCAGAAAUGUGGUUGGAGUUAGAGCUCAAGCUUGUUGCAGAUGUUGGUAUUGUAGGUGCUCCAAAUGCUGGGAAAAGUACACUUUUGAGUGUAGUUAGUGCUGCAAAGCCAGAGGUUGCAAAUUAUCCCUUUACAACACUACUACCCAAUCUGGGUGUUGUAUCCUUUGACUAUGAUUCAACAAUGGUAGUAGCAGACCUUCCAGGUCUACUUGAAGGAGCACACGAAGGUUUUGGUUUAGGUCAUGAGUUUCUUCGACACACUGAAAGGUGUUCCGCCCUGAUACACGUGGUAGAUGGGUCAUCACCACAACCAGAUCUUGAGUUUGAUGCAGUUCGUCUAGAGCUGAAGCUGUUUAAUCCUGAACUCGCUGAGAAGCCUUUUAUAGUUGCUUAUAACAAAAUGGACCUCCCAGAGGGAUAUAAACACUGGGAGUCCUUCAAAGGAAAGCUACUAUCUCGUGGGAUCACACCCUUUUGUAUGAGUGCUGUCAAUAGGGAAGGUACUCAUGAAGUUAUCUGUGCCGCUUAUGAGCUUUUGCGUAAAAGCAAAGAAGACAUGGAAGACUAUGAAGAUGGAGAAGAUAUGACAAACUUGAACCAUGUUGCUGACGCAGUACAGAAGCAGCGUAGCGCAUCCAUUGGUGAUUUUGAAAUUUUUCACGACAGCAAGUCAAAUAUUUGGCAUGUAGUUGGAGCUGGAUUACAACGUUUUAUCCAAAUGACAAAUUGGCGGUACCAUGAUUCAGAGAGAAGAUUCCAGCAUGUUCUUGAAGCUUGUGGUGUGUAUAAGUCUCUUAUGAAACUCGGUGUAAAAGAAGGCGACACAGUGGUUGUUGGAAAGAUGGAGAUGAUAUGGCAUGAUUCCUCAAACACAUCUAGUACAUCAAGAAUGAAGAAAGUAUCCACAGAUUCAGUUAAGUGGCCUGAAUGGAAGUAGUGGCACUCUAUUUUCUUGCUUUUAUGAUGUGUGCUGCAACUGUGCCUUAGGUAAGGAGAUUUCUCAUAAUGAUUAUGUUCCUUGCUAUUUUCAUUUACUCCUCAGUAACCUUGUUGAAUACCCUAGUUUCCUCUGUUAUGAAAUGGAUAAUAUUCUUCUAGAACAUUCAUACAUAAACAUAAUGGCACCUAUAACAUUCAAAGCCAGAGGGUAACGACCUUUAUAUUAUUCUCUAUGCUUCUAUAUGCAUACCAUUGCCAUUUUGUUCAAAUUUAUCCUAUUAUUUGGACAUUGGCAUCAUCUCUUUGUUGUAAUGGUAAACUAUAUUUACCUC